GUAAAGAUGGCGGCGGGUUCGGAUCUGCUGGAUGAGGUCUUCUUCAACACAGACGUGGACGAGAAAGUGGUCAGUGACCUGGUCGGUUCCCUAGAGUCACAGUUAGCGGCUGCUGCCCACCACCACCACCACCAUCAUCAUCACCACCACCAGCAGGGCCCAGCCGAAGCCCGUGGCCAGGCCCUGGCCAACCAUGUCGCCAACCCUGGUGUAGGGGCAGGCAGUGCGGGAGGCCAGGCUGAGGCCAAGAUAGUGUUGCCUUCCGAUAUGCCAAAGACGGGGGCACCUGGAGUGCAAGGUGGUGUUAUCAACAACAGUCGACAGCAAACCACAGCACCGCCGGAUGGAGCCCAGUCUGCUGGACCUGAAGCAUCAGGGGCUCUUAAUCAGGCUAAAGCUGGGGUUCUCGGCACCAUGACAACUGCCCUGCCCAACCACAGCUCAGGGAAUGGCAAGAAUGUCACCCUGCAGACUCUUAAUGGGAGUAAUGUUUUAAUGAAUUCUCAUGGACCUCCUGGCCAUGGAACCCCUUUCCAUGGAAAUAGCAACCCAAGCACUCUUGUAAACAAUGGACCAGUUUCAGUCACAAAGGGUGGAGGAGUUAAUACAGUGAUACAAACUUCUUUUCUUGGAACCACCAAUGUGUCUGCCUCUGUCAUUUCCUCUUCUUCUACAUCCACUGCAGGAGCAACUGGUCCCCCUACAUGUAUGGCAGGGCCUCCAACAACUGUAGCUCUGGUUAGACCUUUGGUGCAUCAGGGGACGCCAGCCACCCAGAAUGGCAGUAAUACUGUGAUUAAUUCUCCUCUGCCAACAUCUGCUGGAGUAACUUUGCAAAUGAACAGCCAGCCCAAUCCAGCCUCUACCCAGGCAAUCAAGUCUGAGUCCCCUAAAACUAUUAUCCAGACCCCUCCGCAGAGCCAGCCUCACUCUAGCAAUAUGGUGAUUGGUCAGACUAUGCAAGCUGGGCAUCCAGGGCCUGGAGGGACUGUUUCUACCCCUGGCCCUCCUGUAGGAAUAGGCAAAGCUACAAUCAGCACUGUGCCUACCAGCUUGCCAAGGACUCCUACAGCACCUGCUGGUGGCAUUAGGGCAACUAUAAACCCUCCUAUGCUAGCUCCGCGGGUGCCUCAGCCUCCUCAGAACUCUCCUAACAUCCAGAACUUUCAGCUGCCUCCAGGUAUGGUUCUUGUGCGGAGUGAGAAUGGUCAGCUGUUAAUGAUUCCCCAGCAAACACUAGCCCAGAUGCAGGCGCAGGUUCAAGCACAGGCCCAUUCACAAUCUCAAAAUGCCAUGGCUACUCGGCCUGCCACCCCAACCAGUGCUCCUAAUGUGCAGAUCUCUGCAGUACAGUCUGCUGGAGCCCCACUCUUGGCAAGGCAGGUGACACCAACUACCAUCAUCAAGCAGGUAUCUCAGACGCCAACAACAGUGCAGCAGACAACAACACUACAGCGCCCUCCUGUGGUUCAGAAUCAGAUAGUACUUGGCAGCACUGCACAAACAACAACUUUGGGGACAGCUGUACAGACUGGAACUCCUCAGAGAACAGCGCAAGGAGCAGCCACUCCAAAUGCACCCACCACAGAAACCAUGGAAAAUGUGAAGAAAUGCAAGAAUUUUUUAUCUACGCUAAUAAAGUUGGCUUCAUCGGGUAAACAAUCCUCUGAGACAGCAGCUAAUGUGAAAGAAUUAGUGCAAAACCUGCUGGUUAUUCAGCAGGCACAUAAAGCUGGUGCUGUUGUACGUCCCCCACAGGUGACAUUGACCCAAACACCUAUGGUAGCAUUGAGGCAACCUCAAAGCAGGAUUAUGCUGACUACUCCUCAACAGAUCCAUUUAAACCAGCUACAGACAGUCCCAGUGGUGAAGCCAACAGUGUUACCAGGCGGCAAAACAAUGUCCACGUUAUCCACACUGCAGGCAUCCAUGCAGAAAAACAAAAUAAAAGAGCCAGGGGGAGGGUCGUUCAGAGAUGACGAUGAUAUCAAUGAUGUUGCGUCCAUGGCUGGAGUUAAUCUCUCAGAAGAAAGUGCAAGGAUAUUGGCAACAAAUUCAGAUUUGGUGGGCACUUUAACGCGGUCUUGUAAGGAUGAAACGUUCCUCCUUCCCUCAUUACUGCAGAGACGGAUACUAGAAAUAGGUAAAAAGUAUGGUGUUACAGAAAUUCAUCCAGACGUGGUUGGUUAUGUCUCCCAUGCAACGCAACAGCGACUACAAAACAUUGUAGAAAAAGUCUCAGAGACGGCUCAGCAAAAAAAUUUCUCUCAUAAGGAGGAUGACCGGUACGAACAAUCAAGUGAUGUUCGAACACAAUUAAAGUUCUUUGAGCAGCUUGAUCAGAUAGAGAAGCAAAGAAAAGAUGAACAGGAGAGGGAAAUUCUAAUGCGAGCUGCUAAGUCUCGAUCAAGACAAGAGGACCCAGAACAGUUGCGGUUAAAACAGAAAGCCAAGGAGAUGCAGCAACAGGAACUGGCGCAAAUGAGGCAGCGAGACGCAA